CAUGGGGAGCGAAGUUCGGACCUUGAACGUUGCUGUAGUUGGAGGUGGUUUGGUUGGAGCUCUCGUAACAUGCUUCCUCGCUAAACGUGGCCAUCGAGUAAACUUAUACGAAUAUCGUCCAGAUAUUCGUGUUGAAAACUCUCGAGGUGUAAGUAUUGAUCUUGCUUUAUCAGCUCGAGGAAGAGAAGCUUUGAGAGCCAUAGAUCUUGAAGACUUGGUUAUAAAUCAUCAUGGAAUUGCAAUGAAAGGACGGAUGAUCCACUUAAAAGAUGGCUCCCUUAAAGAAAUUAUUUAUGAUAGCGUAAACAAAAAUUGCAUAUAUUCAGUUAAUAGAACAUAUUUGAACCAAAUUCUCCUUUCAGCUGCUGAAAAAUAUGAGAACGUUACCAUAUUUUUUAAUCAUAAAUUACUUGAUGCUGAUCUCGAUACAGGAGCGUUAAAAUUUAUUCACAUGCAAACGGAUGAAAUAAGUAACGUGGAAUCAGAUUUAAUUAUCGGAGCUGAUGGAGCUUAUUCGCUUAUAAGAAGGUUAAUGAUAAAGAAACCUAGAUUUAAUUGCAAUCAGGCCUACAUUGAUCAUGGAUAUGUCGAAGUUUCUUAUCCCAUAGGAAAGGACAAUAAGUACAUAAUGAGCGGUAAUCAUCUGCAUAUUUGGCCACGAGGUAAUUUUAUGAUGAUUGCGUUGCCGAACGAUGAUUAUACAUUUACCGGUAAUCUUUUUGCGCCAUUUAAAACUCUUGAAGCUCUCAACACGCCUGAGAAUUUGCUGGAAUUCUUUCGGCAGGAAUUUCCAGAUGGACUUCGACUUAUUGGCGAAGAAAAAUUAGUUAAAGAUUUUUUUCAGACCUCUCCGAAAACACUUCUUUCAAUUCAGUGUAAACCUUAUCAUUUCGGAAGUAAAGCACUUAUUAUUGGUGAUGCUGCACACGCUAUGGUACCAUUUUACGCUCAAGGAAUGAACGCCGGUUUUGAAGAUGUAUUAUUAUUGGAUAAACUAAUGGAAAUUCAUAAUGAUAACUUGGAAAAAGUUCUUCCACAUUUUUCUGAAAUACGGUGUGAUGAUUGCUAUGCUAUUUGUGAUUUAGCUAUGUAUAAUUACGUUGAGAUGCGUGAAUUGGUAACGAAGAAAGCCUUUAUUUUUCGUAAAUAUAUAGAUACAGUUCUCCAGUGGUUAUUUCCAAAAAACUGGAUACCGCUGUAUAGUACAGUUACGUUCUCGAGAAUGAGAUAUAGAGACUGCAUUUCUAAUAAAGCCUGGCAAGAUAAGGUGAGUUUAAAUUUAACGAAUUUUGAUUCAAUUGCAUUACAAUAUUAAUGAUAUUUUGAUAAAUACUGA